AUGUCUUCCUCACAGGUUUCUCUUGCUCCCAGACUGGGAUGGAUAGGACUGGGAUCCAUGGGCCUGCAUAUGGCUUCCAAUUUGCAGAAGUAUCUGUCAAAGAAGCAGGGCCCAAGUCUUCGUUACUAUAAUCGCACCGAGUCCCGUGGUGACCCUCUAAAACAGCUAGGGGGCACUCCAUCAACCAUCCCUGACUUAGUGUCCAACUCUGACAUUGUAUUCAUGUCCUUGGCUGAUGAUUCUGCGGUUGAAUCUGUGCUGGACAAGAUUCUGGAGGUUGGCCAACUGAACAAUAAGAUAGUUGUUGACACCUCGACCAUCCAACCUUUCUCGUCGGCGACGGCCAAAUCAAGACUGCAGGAGAAAGGCGCAAACUACGUCGCUGCCCCAGUGGUUGGAGCCAGUCCUAUAGCUGCGAAAGCACAACUUUUGUGGAUCUUGGCUGGAAAGGAGAGCUCCAUUGAGGCCGUACGUCCUUACAUCACCGGUGUGAUGGUAACGGGCAUUGUUCCGAGAGGCGAUGACGUUCGUCAAGCGAGCUACUUGAAAGCUGUCGCGUAA